UCGGGGGCGUAUUGAAAAAUUCUUGGCCAAUGCCUGUUUGUAAUUGUUUAUUUUAUAUUUAAUGCUUGCCUGUUGAUUUUUAGCACGCCUCAUCAGCUUUGGAUAAUUAUUAUAUGCAUAUUUGUCUUUAUUAAUGUACACAAAGAGCUUACAAUGCAAAUUUCAAAUGGUUUUGUUUACUUGCAGAUGCUCUGGCCGCUGCUGAAGCGGCGUUCAAGUGCUUAAAGCCAGUCAAAUUCAGUUCAUCCACAACAGGCAAGCAACGUAGAUCGGCAGUGGAACGAUGGCGAUGUCCAAGGUAAUACGCGUGCUGGAAAAGUCAAUAGCGCCCUCUCCCCAUAGCGUUUUACUGGAGCAUCGCAACAAGACCGACUGCAUCCUCUUCGAAUCUCAUGUUUGUGCGCUUCUUACGCAGCAGGAGAAUGUCAUACGCAAGCAGUACACGAAGGUGUGCGAUGCAUAUGGCUGUUUGGGCGCACUUCAGCUGAAUGCUGGCGAGAGCACAGUACUCUUCCUGGUACUUGUCACCGGCUGCGUGUCCAUGGGCAAAAUUGGCGAUGUGGAAAUUUUUCGCAUAACGCAGACAACAUUUGUGUCGCUGCAGAAUGCAGUGCUCAACGAGGACAAAAUUAGCGAGGUGCGUAAGCUGCUCAACUCGGGCACCUUUUAUUUCGCACACUCGAAUCCAUCGGCCGCCGGCGGUGGGGCAGCAGUUGGAGCUGCGCACAGCAGCAAGUUUGACAUUACGCUGUGCGCACAGCGACGUCACCAGACGGCGGAGACGGACAAUCGUUUCUUUUGGAACCGCAUGAUGCACAUACACCUUAUGCGAUUCGGCAUUGACUGCCAGUCCUGGCUGCUGCAAACCAUGUGUGGCUCAGUGGAGGUGCGCACCGUUUACAUAGGUGCCAAACAGGCGCGCGCUGCUAUCAUAUCCCGGCUGAGCUGCGAGCGUGCGGGCACGCGUUUCAAUGUGAGAGGCACCAACGACGAGGGCUACGUGGCCAACUUUGUAGAGACGGAACAGGUUAUCUACGUGGACGGCGACGUCACCAGCCAUGUACAGACGCGUGGCUCAGUACCGCUCUUCUGGGAGCAGCCGGGCGUUCAGGUGGGCUCACACAAGGUAAAGCUCUCGCGUGGAUUUGAAACCUCUGCGGCUGCCUUUGAUCGCCACAUGAGCAUGAUGCGGCAACGCUAUGGCUACCAGACGAUUGUUAACCUGCUUGGCAGCUCCAUGAUUGGCAGCAAAGAGGGCGAGGCGAUGCUGAGCAACGAGUUCCAGCGUCAUCAUGGCAUGUCAGCACACAAGGAUGUGCCGCACGUGGUCUUCGACUACCAUCAGGAGUGCCGCGGCGGAAACUUCUCGGCGCUGGCCAAGCUCAAGGAACGCAUGGUAGCCUGCGGCGCCAAUUAUGGCAUAUUCCAUGCCACUAACGGACAGGUGUUACGCGAACAAUUUGGCGUCGUGCGCACCAACUGCCUCGAUUGCUUGGAUCGCACAAAUUGUGUGCAGACGUAUCUGGGCCUGGACACACUCAAUCUGCAGCUGGAGGCCCUCAAACUGGGCGGUAAGCAGCAGAACAUUUCGCGUUUCGAGGAAAUAUUUCGUCAGAUGUGGAUCAAUAAUGGCAAUGAGGUCAGCAAAAUCUAUGCUGGCACCGGCGCCAUACAGGGCGGCUCAAAGCUGAUGGACGGUGCGCGCUCUGCGGCACGCACUAUUCAAAACAAUCUCUUGGAUAACUCCAAACAGGAAGCAAUCGAUGUUCUUCUCGUGGGCUCGACACUCAGCUCGGAGCUGGCAGAUCGUGCGCGUAUACUGCUGCCCUCCAAUAUGUUGCACGCGCCCACAACUACGCUGCGGGAGCUUUGCAAGAGAUACACGGAGUAUGUCCGUCCCCGGAUGGCGCGCGUUGCUGUGGGCACAUAUAACGUGAAUGGCGGCAAACAUUUUCGCAGCAUUGUGUUCAAGGACUCGCUGGCGGAUUGGUUGCUAGACUGUCAUGCGUUAGCUCGCUCCAAGGCGCUGGUGGAUGUCAACAAUCCAUCGGAACAUGUUGACCAUCCCGUGGACAUCUAUGCCAUCGGCUUCGAGGAGAUAGUCGAUCUGAAUGCAUCGAAUAUAAUGGCAGCCAGCACAGACAAUGCCAAACUGUGGGCCGAGGAACUCCAGAAGACCAUUUCGCGGGACAACGACUACGUCCUGCUAACCUAUCAGCAGCUGGUGGGGGUCUGCCUGUACAUCUAUAUAAGGCCGGAGCAUGCGCCCCACAUACGUGACGUGGCCAUUGACUGUGUGAAAACUGGUUUGGGUGGUGCAACUGGCAAUAAGGGUGCCUGCGCAAUUCGAUUUGUCCUGCACGGUAGCUCCAUGUGCUUUGUGUGCGCCCAUUUUGCUGCAGGCCAAUCGCAAGUGGCUGAACGUAACGCCGACUAUGCGGAAAUCACACGGAAAUUGGCAUUUCCCAUGGGCCGCACGCUAAAAUCGCAUGACUGGGUGUUCUGGUGCGGCGAUUUCAACUAUCGCAUUGACAUGGACAAGGAUGAGCUGAAGGAGUGCGUGCGAAAUGGAGAGCUGUCCACGGUGCUAGAGUUCGAUCAGCUGCGCAAGGAACAGGAAGCUGGCAAUGUGUUCUCCGAGUUUCUUGAGGGUGAAAUCACCUUUGAUCCGACCUAUAAGUACGAUCUGUUCAGCGAUGACUACGACACCUCGGAGAAACAGCGUGCGCCAGCCUGGACAGAUCGCGUGCUCUGGCGUCGGCGCAAAGCCCUGGCCGAAAGCGAUUUCGGUGGCGUCGGCGCAGCUGCAUGGAACCCUGGCAAGCUUAUACAUUACGGACGCUCAGAGCUAAAGCAGAGCGAUCAUCGACCCGUCAUUGCCAUCAUCGAUGCUGAGAUAAUGGAAAUCGAUCAGCAGCGCAGGCGUGUUGUCUUCGAUCAGGUCAUUCGAGAUCUGGGACCACCUGACUCUACCAUUGUGGUACAUGUGCACGAGCAGUCUGCGGAUGCAGAUGAGGAUGGGCCAACCAUUUACGAUGAGCAUGUAAUGGCAGCGCUCAUAGCCGAGCUCUCAAAAAUGGGCGAGGUAACCUUGGUGCGAUAUGUCGAGGAUACCAUGUGGGUAACCUUCCGCAAUGGGGAAUCGGCGCUCAAUGCGGCCGCCAAGCGGAGCACAGAGGUCUGCGGCUUAGAACUGGUCUUCGAGCUAAAGACGCCCGACUGGCCACAACAGGUGGACAAUGAAAUCGAACUAUGCACCUCCAACACCAUACCGCUGUGCUCAAAUCCUGCAGAGCAGGCACAGCUGAUGCAGUUGACGCCAGAGGUGCCACAACGGCCCAAGCAGCCACCGACACGUCCGGCGCCAGCGCGUCCACCUAUGCCUAUGUCACCAAAGAACUCGCCACGUCAUCUGCCUCACGCGGGUGUCAUUAGCAUUGUGCCGAAGCCCAAUAAGCCCCCGAUGCCGCCACAGCCCAUGCAGACGCCAUUGCAACCAGUUCAGGUUGCGCCACCGCGACCGCCCGCCAUGGUGGGUGAUACUACGCCUUCAUCCAAAUCACAGUCACCCACGGAGCUGGGUUCGCCGCUACAUGCUACGUCUGUGAGCUCAUCAAACUCAUCCUCUGGCAAAGCUUCACCCACAGCCGCUGCACUACCCUCUGGACCACCUACGCCACCGCGCCAGAUGCAGAGCAAACAAGCAACGCCCGUGUCAACGCCCACGCGGCAGUCCAAGCAAGCUUCCCUGGAGCAACCUUCGCCAGAUACCGUUUAUGAAACGGCCAGCAAUAUAUAUGAGGAGAUACAAGAUGAUGUUCCGGCUCCACGUCAUCCGCCGCCAGCAGCUCCGCCGCCAGUUAUUUGUGCUGUUGAUAGUCCACGACGGCAGCCAAUGCCCACAGGAGCUGCUCCACUGGGUCCACCACCACCGCUGCCCAAUCGUCGUGGACCUCCGCCAAUACCAAAUCGCAGUGGCAAUGCGCCGCCGCUACCUACACGGCCCACAAACAACUAAGCAGGAUGCCAAGGGCACACAGUCUAGCACUUAAUAUUGAUUGCAGUCCACUCUAUUACAUUCCGAGUUGUUGUAUUUAUCUAUGGAAGUCGCAUAACUUAUUAUAAGAAUAUAUAUUUUUUGCCAAUUGUAUUGUAGAUAUCAUUUAUCUAAAGUGUUUAUGCUAAAGAGUUCCCAGGCAAUAAUAAUAACCGAAUUGGCAACAUAUGCAUGCAAUAGGCAUAAAGAAAUGAUUGUAAAUCAAACAAAGCUUGGUUAGUUGCUUUAAAAUCGAAUGUUCUGUUUCUGUUAUAUUAACACGCUUUAUUACUUAACCAACACACUGGGCGGACGUACUCACUAAUGCACCAAAUAAAUAAGUAUUUACGUAUUUAUGUUAUUGAUAGCGAGCAAUCUAAACAAAACAAAAUAAAACAUAAUAAAGUAUUAAAUUAAAUUUACACAUGUCUGUACAUGUUUAAACAUUUGUAGCCGUACUAGUCAAAUUAAAAAUAAAAGAAAAGGUUUAGCUGAAAGUAUAAACAAAGAACAAAAAGCAAAUAAUGAAACUUUUAUGAGUUGUUGUUACAGCUUCAACGAUGAGAGCUCGCAAUAUUAUAACUUAUAUCAUUUGUUAUCAGAGUUUGCUUCAAAAAAGGCAACAAAAACAGAAAUAAUAAUAAUAGUUAAAACUAUGGAAAAACCUUUCACAUAUAAAGAUACUAGCUAAAGUGUUGAAACUACAAUGAGUUGAACUGUACAACUAUUUAUUGCAUUAGACUUUAAUCGGACGAAGUUAAUGCACAUACAUAUACGAAAACAAUAUCAAAGAAAAAUGCAAACUAUGUUAAAAUAAUGUUGAUGUUACAGAAAUAUGAAGUUGUAUAAAUGUUUAAUCAUCCAAUCGAUAAAUAAAUUAAUAAAUAUGAUGCAUAUAUAAUACAAAC